AUGAGACACUCCGCACGGGAACAAGCGGGGAGAGAGGAGCCUGGCUGCCACAUUGUCUUCUAGGUUGGGGUUCUUCGCUGGUUCUUUGGUUUAGGUCGCCCGAGCGAGCAAUGGGGGCGCAGCUGAGCACCUUGGGAAGGAUUGUUGUCUAUCCAGUAUGGUUUAUAUACAGCUUGAUCGCAAGACUUUUCGGGAAGUCGCAGCCAGCCAUUACCCUGGAGAAUCCAGAUGUGAAAUAUCCAUUAAGGCUGAUUGACAAAGAGGAAAUUACUCAUGACACAAGAAGAUUUCGUUUUGCCCUUCCAAGUCCAGAGCACAUCCUAGGCCUUCCUAUUGGGCAGCAUAUUUACCUUUCUGCAAGGAUUGAUGGGAAUCUGGUAAUCAGACCCUACACACCAGUCUCCAGUGAUGAUGACAGAGGUUAUGUGGACCUUGUUAUAAAGGUUUAUUUCAAGGGUGUUAACCCAAAAUUCCCUGAAGGAGGGAAAAUGUCGCAGUACUUGGAACACUUAAAGAAAGGGGACACAAUUGAUUUCCGUGGGCCCAGUGGACUACUGGUAUACAAAGGAAAAGGAGUAUUUGCCAUUCGGCCAGACAAGAAGUCUGAACCGGCAAUUAAAUAUGCAAAGCACGUUGGGAUGAUUGCAGGAGGCACAGGAAUUACGCCAAUGCUGCAGCUCAUCCGAGCUGUUGUGAAAGACAAAGAUGACCCCACUGUCUGUCACUUGCUGUUUGCCAACCAGACUGAGCAAGAUAUCUUGUUACGGGCAGAAUUAGAAGAAAUCCAGGCUCAGUAUUCAAGCCGCUUUAAACUGUGGUACACACUGGAUAGAGCAACUGAAGGUUGGCAGUACAGUCAAGGGUUUGUGAAUCAAGAGAUGAUUAAGGAUCACAUGCCUCCGCCAGCAGAUGAUGUUCUUAUCCUGAUGUGUGGGCCUCCUCCAAUGAUCCAGUAUGCCUGCAUUCCCAACCUAGAUAAGCUGGGGUAUCCCAAGGAGGCACGGUUUGCUUACUAAAAUGGAUUGUUAAUAGGCUGAAAAGGAAUGUGUCAAGUGGGAGAAAGGAGAAGGAGGAGCUUUGGACAAGGGGGAACAAAACCGGGCUGAUGGGUAUUGGUGCGAAGCUGCAUUCAGAGGGCUGCCCAGUUAGCCAUGUGAGUUCAGUGUCUUAUUAGUGCUGCACUGAAAAUUCUGUAGAUGGAUAUCUAUGGUAUUUUGCUUUGCUAUGCUUAACCAGUCUUUAUAAAGGCCACUGGAUUAGGUCUGACUCUUUCCUGGUGGGAUAAACACAGUGUAGCCAGGCUGUGGUGUCACCAAAGAAUUUUUCGCAAGAGCACAUGUAUCUGAUCCCCAGGUGGAAAGCAUGUCUGCGCAGGAAACGUUUUGUUUGUUGUAGCAGUCUAGUUGCUACAGUAGGAAAGUUGAAGAGAGCCGCACUAAACACACAUCAGUCACAGGAUUUUUGCAUUGACUUUUGUGAAGACUGCAAGCCAGCUGAUUAGGAAAGUGUUUGUUAAUGCAUUCAAAAUAUGCACAUGUUCUAUAUGCAUAUGUAUUGCAUUAACAGCAUUGCAGAGGUAGAUUGCUGCCUUGUUACAGAUCUGUGUUCAACGUCUGUCUUUUCCCAGCUUCUUCCGUCUAUUACUCCAUCCCCAAUGCAAAGCGCAGACAACAUUUGAAAACGCAAGACUUUGUACAUGUGUAUUCUUUGCAGGAGAUGGGGAGUUGCUUUUGGUUUAUUUGGGCUCAGCAUCCCCUUGUAGACUGACAAGCUUCCUAAAUGCUAAUGACAGCUUCAGGUAUCAUGUGUGCUUUACAUUAGUCCUUUUUAAUAGUGGUUGUUAACCUGUGUGCUUGAACUUGUGAAAAACUUGCUUUGAGACACUUUCCAAAAUAACUCAUAAUGAUUGUAUGAAAGUACACAGAUAUAUGUUCAACUCUUCUGUUUGCAAACUGAUAACACAACUUCAUUCUUUCUGGGUCUCCUUAUUUUUGUAAAAAAACUGGCCACAUCCAGUAAUCAAAUCAGAACUACAUCAGCUGGGAAGGGUCCUGGUUCAAUCUAUGUUGAAUCAGAGGUUGAUUCUGCAUGGGCCAAAAACAGCAGUGUGAAAACGGCGUAAAAGGGUUUAAAAUGGU